AUGACCAUAUCAAAGCAGUUCUUCUGGUGUUUUUUUCCCACCUUGCAUAGUUUGUAUUGUGCUGAUACGAGAAAUACUUGUAUUCAGGAUGUAUUUCUUGGUGGUGUAGACACAUCUGCUGUAACUGUCAGUUGGGCAAUGACGGAACUGAUCAAGAAUCCAGAAGUAAUGAAAAAAGUACAGGAAGAAAUCAGAAGUUAUGAUUUGGGAAUGAAAGGGAAGGUAGAAGAGUCAGACCUUCAUCAGUUCAUAUAUCUAAAGAUGGUGAUUACAGAGACUAUGCGACUACACCCACCAGGACCACUCUUGCUUCCGAGAGAGAGUAAAAAGCUCUGA